CUUAAUAAUAUUGGCUACUCUCUUUAGCGAUGUGGGAUUGUCUACGUUGACCGCUGUGGCUGUGCUUGAAUUUUUAUGUGAAAGACAACUACUCAGCGAUUUCCUUCUGCCACACAGCUAUAGCCUCUGCGAUUAAAGCUAAGCAAGUGGCAAAUAUCAAAGAAAGGACUGGGCUUGUUAGCUAGUCUGCCAUUGAAGAGCUCAAUUGCAUUGAUGGUUAAGAUUCCAGUGCUACCAGCUGUGGGGAUGCUGAUGGCGGAGUGUGCCCAAGUUGGGCUAAUGAUGGUCAGUAAAGCCGCCAUGUCUGAUGGAAUGAGCAAUAUUAUCUUCAUCUUCUACUCCAAUGCUCUCGCCUCUCUCAUACUCCUCCCUUCUUCUUUGCUCUUUCACAGAUCAGAGCGUCCUUCACUUACUUUUUCAAUCAUUGGUGGGUUCUUUUUGCUUGGCCUACUUGGUUUCCUUGCUCAGUUCUUUGGUUAUGCUGGGAUUAAUUUGAGCUCUCCCACUCUUGGCACAGCAUUGCUCAAUCUUAUUCCAGGUUUUACCUACAUACUUGCGAUUACUCUAAGGAUGGAAGCAUUAAAUUGGAGAAGCUCCUCUAGUCAAGCUAAAUCCAUAGGAACGAUAAUUUUGAUUUUAGGGGCAUUCAUUGUCACUCUAUACAAGGGGCCUUCACUUUUAAUGACACCCUCAUCAUCGUCUAAUGUAUCUUAUACAGAACUUCUUUUUCAACAGCCUAACUGGGUCCUUGGAGGAUUGCUUCUUACAGCUGAUUGUGUGGCAGCUUCUGCUUGGCUUAUUGUACAGGCAUCAAUCCUCAAACAAUACCCAGCAGAAUUGAUUAUGGUUUUCUUCUACUGCUUCUUUGUAGCUGUUCUGUCUGCAGUAUUUGGUUUGAUUUUGGAAAGAGAUUUAAGUGCUUGGAGCUUGAAAUCUAAAUUGAGGUUUUCGGCUGUUCUAUACUCGGGAGUUUUUGGCUCUGCAUUCCAAGUUAGUGUAUCUACAUGGUGCAUGCAUAAAACAGGGCCCGUUUUUGUAUCUAUGUUCAAGCCUGUGGGUGUCGUCAUUGCAUUUGCUGCAGGUGUUAUCUUCUUUGGGGAUACUUUCUUCUUUGGAAGAUUGCUUGGAUCAAUCAUAAUUGUUGCUGGGUUUUACUCUGUGAUGUGGGGAAAAGCCAAAGAGUCACAGGUUGAAGUGGAUGCUAGGAUAACAAGCUCAGAAUCAAGUGCAUCAAAGGCACCUCUCCUACAAAACAGCGUUGAAGGACAUAGCAGCUCCAGCUGAUAAUUCAGUAUGAAGAUUGUCAUCCCCAAGCCAAAAAAGGGUCAGGAACAUGGGAAGCAUGGUCAAACAUAUAAGCAUGAGGUGAUAAAGGAAUUUGCAGGGUCAAAACCGCCCUUAAAUGUUAUGUUUAUGGACUGCAGCUCCUCCAAAACUAUGCAAAUGGUCAAAUCUUAUCCUUAUCAUAAAAAAAAAAAAAAACAAAAAGUAUAAUAGCCAUAUGAUGAAAUCAAAAAAUUAUUAUAUUUUCUUUCCUUCUUUUGAUGGGCAUUAAAUUUAUCAUACUCUGUAAUCUGCAUUAUCUCAUUGUUAUUGUUAAGGCAAAUCUCGAGUCUUUAAUCAGUUGGAACAAA